AUGAGUUCCAAGAAGCCGCCUCAGUGCCAACAAUCCGAUGGCUCCCAGUUGAAGGAAGAUGCAUUUAGUCAGUCCACAGUUACGAAAACAGCCACAGAGUCUUGUUCAUCUGCAAUGCACCAGCAACCUUUCCCAGAAAAUGACUUCCAUAAUGGUAAAGCACAUGACGAUUGGAAAACAAUGCUUCGUGAAUCACGUGAAAAAGAAGUUAAAGCGAAGGUGCAUCUGAAGAAAGAUAAACGGAGCUAUCCACAGCUUGGACAGCAAAAGGAAUCUUCUAACACAGAAGCUGUUCCAAAGAAUGCAUCCAUCAGAGUUGAGACUGCCGCCGACCAAGGAAAUGGAGACGAUCAUGAAAAGGCGGGCCAGGCAAAACCGAACGAUGACGGAAAGAGCCAGACCUCGACCUGGCGAAACCAGCAGGCUGUCCAGGGAAUGUGCCAAGACGAUGGCUUCCAGGUACACCGCAACUUCGAUGUGAGCAUGCCUGGUAGAGGUGCUUUGACCACCCAAGGGGUUUAUCACGGUGGCCCCCUUGACGUGAUUGACUUGGCGGAUCUUAUUGAACAGCUGAAGAAUCGCAAUCCUGCCGAGCUCCGUGGAUACCACCAGGGCGUGCUGCUUGAUGCGGAUUUGAAACCAAGUAAUGGUCAGUACAUACAGGGGAAGCAGUACAUCUUUGUUCGCCAAUUGGGGGAAGGCGCUUUUGGUGUCGCCGACUUGUUGAAGGAUAAAACCUCUUGCAAAUACUUUGUCGGAAAACGAGUCCCUUUUUGGAACUUUGCGCCAUCCGAGCCCAAACUUUCGAGUCGGCUAGACCAUCCAUUUAUCGUGCGCUUCCUGGGCCUGUUGUGCACGGACAACAAGGUGAUGCUCCUCUCUGAUUACCAGCUGGGUAGCGAGACCCUUCUGGAGAUAAUUCACCAAUUGGUCCUGGGGCCAGUGCGGGCACUGAGGAUCCUGCAGCGGCUGCUAGUUGUUGUUUUUUGGCUUCAUAGCACCCAUCAAAUCGUCCACAUGGACAUCAAGGCUGACAACAUCCUGAUCCUUCCUGGAGACCGGGUUCAGCUGAUAGACUUUGGCCUGUCCAGGAGACUGUCUGCACCCAAUGGGGCCUCGGAAACCGCCGAAAGUCAACUGUAUGGUAUGGACGUUCAGAGCUUGGGCUGCACCUUGGUACACAUGAUCACUGGACUUCCAUGCUGCAGCCAUCCAGUGGAUUUUGACGAAAUCAAUGUGAGUCUCAAGGGCAGUAAAAUCACUUGAAAUUUGCUAUCAAGAUACCAGCCGAAAAACCUCAUGCGAUGAUCACGGCUCUGCAACUGGUUCUCAACCAGAUUUACUGCUGAGUACUUAAAUUAUCCAAAGAAGGUACUCUG